AUGAUUCGUUUUGAAAUUGUUUCAAACCAAAUUGGUGGUGGUGGUUGUAGUAGUAGAACAACGACAACAACGAUCAACAAGAGUUUAAUAUUGGGAUCAUCGUCGUCAUCAUCAUCAUCAUCAUCAUCAUUACAUUUAACUAGCUUUUCAUAUAAUGAUAGAUUAGGUUAUUCUUCAAGUACAACCUAUGUAAACAUUCAAAAUAACACUUCGAGUGCAAACAAGACAAAACAAGAUUUACAAAAGAGAUUGGAGCAGAUAUCAAGAGGUACUACCAACCGACUACCACAACAACCGCUAUUACCAAACAGCAGUAAUCUAUAUCUACAAUAUAAUCCACGUACAAAAGAAAGAGAAACUAUAACUGUCGAACAUUUCAAUACUUUAUCACCAAAAGACAAAAUAUUUGGACUUGAUAAAUUAGAUCAUGUUAAAGAUGUUGGAGCUGUGAUUCAGUUCUAUUACGAUUAUAAAGAUGAUUUGGAGAUGAGAGUCAAUCCAAAGUUUUACCUAAAGUUGAUGAAGGCACUCAAAAACAGACAACAUAAACCCGAACAUUUGCAAUUGGUCGAGACUGUGUACAACAGUUACGAGCGUGCGUUGGGUGGCAAGAGCGAGGACGCACACAGCGACAUGCGUCGAGCUAUCUUGACGACACUCAUCUCUUACUAUGUGGUCGCUGGCAAGCUGCUCGACUCGCUCAACAAGUCGACUACCGUCAAGAUGGACCAACGUCUCUUUACCUCGAUCACCGAGUCGUUGAACCAACUUGAUGCACCCACAUGCUUCAAGUUUUACACUAGUCUCAAGGACGACCACGCCAUCUCCUCGUUUAUCAGUUACUGGUCGUUCCACCAUAUACUCAAUGCUGCACCAACUGCUCAUGACGCAUACCAACUUUGGAAUAGAUAUGCUUAUAUUUCAUCCGUCACAAAAGAUCCAAAUACAAAUACAGCUACAACAACAAAACUAGCAAACAUGAAAUUUGUAUCAAGACAUUCAUUGGAAACAUAUGCACGUAAAUUGGUAUACCAAACUGGAUAUGUGUAUCGUCGUCAAGUCAAUAUUCCAGCAGAGGUGAAUAUACCACAUGAAAUGAACCAAUUAUUUAAUAUGGCAAAGACUUCUUUUGUCGGUCUUUAUGACCACACCUCAUUCUUUUAUAAUCUCGUGUUACGGUCAUUAUUGGCAGAAGCUAACCUACAAGAUGCUUGGAAACUAUUCCUUUUCCUCCAAAAAGAAGCUAAAGAGUCGUCACCGGGUGUGUUUGAUGCCGAGACGUAUCGUAUCAUGCUCGAGUAUCUUUUAGCCCAUUGCUCACAGAAAUUGUGUAGUAACCUCGCCACUCAAUUAAUAACAGACCAAAACUAUUUUUCAAAGCAAAAUUCCUUCAUUGGACAACAAGAUUUACGUACUCUCUGGGAGAAUGUAGCAGUCUCUAUCACACAGGCAGACAACCAAAGCGUCAUAUUCCCAUCAAUCCAAUUAUUUAAACAAAUGGCAAGAACCAUCCCACAACAUCCAUAUAUCUCUCGUUAUCAAAAAAUGCUCGAACCUUAUUUGUUGUCAAAGAAUAUUUCUCCAUCAACUAUUAAAUCACUCUUUUCUCAUUAA